UCUCUUCUCCUCCCUAUCCUCUCCCGCAACUCUCCCCGCCCCUCCGCUCUCCGCCCUGCUCGCCUCCUGUCCUUCCCCUCCCGCUCCAUCCGGGUCGCUCACGGCUGUCUCUGGACUGGACAGCAGUGGCGGCUGCUUUUCUCUGAGGAGCCUGGUAAAGUUUCACAGGGGCCAGGGAGGGGAGCAGCGGAGCAGCGUUACCAACGCCGGAGGAGCCGCCCCCCGCCACUGGCUGGAGGAAGAAGGUCCCACGAGCUGAAGAUCUGUCUCAGCAAACGUGCUGCCUUGCUGUCUGGACGCGGCUGCCCGGUCGCCUUGGGCUGCCCCUUUUCUGGGGGGCCGGGUGAAUCGUUGCCCGGAUAAGAACUUCAGUUUUCCUUUGAUGUGGAAACUUAGGAUACCUCCAGCUUUCCAGUGUCUCAGAAGGGAGUUUUUUUAUUGAAACUGGAAGACCAAACUAAUCACAAGCAUGUUAUGUUGGGGAAAUGCAUCCUUUGGACAGCUAGGUUUGGGUGGAAUUGAUGAAGAAAUUGUACUAGAGCCCAGAAAAAGUGACUUUUUUAUAAAUAAAAAGGUCCGAGAUGUAGGAUGUGGACUCAGACAUACUGUAUUUGUUCUGGAUGAUGGAACAGUAUACACAUGUGGAUGUAAUGAUCUAGGACAGCUAGGUCAUGAAAAAUCCAGAAAAAAACCAGAGCAGGUUGUUGCCUUGGAUGCGCAGAAUAUUGUAGCCGUUUCAUGUGGAGAAGCUCAUACAUUAGCACUAAAUGACAAGGGCCAGGUGUAUGCUUGGGGUCUCGAUUCUGAUGGACAGCUUGGUCUGCUAGGAACUGAGGAAUGUAUCAGAGUACCCAGCUGCCUCCCGAAAAUCACGGGUAUCGACACUCUGGUCAGAACUUGCUCCGGACUCUCAUAUGGCAGAAUCAGGUCAGGUAGCAGUAUCAGGAAUAUUAAAAGUUUGUCAGAUAUCCAGAUAGUACAGGUUGCUUGCGGUUACUAUCAUUCACUUGCCCUUUCUAAAGCAAGUGAAGUCUUCUGUUGGGGACAGAAUAAAUAUGGCCAACUGGGUUUAGGUAUUGACUGUAAAAAGCAAACUUCACCACAGUUGAUUAAGUCUUUGCUUGGAAUACCUUUCAUGCAAGUUGCAGCAGGAGGUGCCCAUAGUUUUGUACUCACCCUUUCAGGAGCUAUCUUUGGAUGGGGACGCAACAAAUUUGGUCAGCUCGGUCUUAAUGAUGAAAAUGAUAGAUAUGUUCCUAAUUUAUUGAAGUCACUAAGAUCUCAGAAAAUAGUUUAUAUUUGUUGUGGAGAAGAUCAUACUGCUGCACUAACCAAGGAAGGUGGAGUGUUCACCUUUGGAGCUGGAGGGUAUGGUCAGUUGGGUCAUAACUCUACAAGUCAUGAAAUAAAUCCGAGGAAAGUAUUUGAACUUAUGGGAAGUAUUGUCACUCAAAUUGCUUGUGGAAGGCAGCACACUUCUGCUUUUGUUCCUUCAUCAGGACGAAUUUACUCUUUUGGGCUUGGUGGUAAUGGGCAGCUGGGAACUGGUUCAACAAGCAACAGGAAAAGUCCUUUCACUGUAAAAGGAAAUUGGUUUCCAUAUAAUGGGCAAUGUCCACCAGAUGUUGAUUCUGAAGAAUAUUUCUGUGUAAAAAGAAUUUUCUCAGGUGGAGAUCAAAGCUUUUCACAUUAUGCUAGUCCCCAGAACUGUGGGCCACCAGAUGACUUUAGAUGUCCUGAUCCUACAAAGCAGAUCUGGACAGUGAAUGAAACUCUAAUUCAAAAAUGGUUGAGCUACCCCUCUGGAAGGUUUCCUGUGGAGAUAGCCAAUGAAAUAGAUGGAACAUUUUCUUCUUCUGGUUGCCUAAAUGGAAGCUUUUUAGCUGUUAGUAAUGAUGAUCACUAUAGAACAGGUACCAGGUUUUCAGGGGUUGAUAUGAAUGCUGCUAGGCUUUUGUUCCACAAACUUAUUCAACCUGAUCAUCCUCAGAUAUCUCAGCAGGUGGCAGCUAGUUUGGAAAAGAAUCUUAUUCCUAAACUGACUAGCUCCUUACCUGAUGUUGAAGCAUUGAGGUUUUAUCUUACUCUACCAGAAUGUCCCCUGAUGAGUGAUUCCAACAAUUUCACAACAAUAGCAAUUCCCUUUGGUACAGCUCUUGUGAACUUAGAAAAGGCACCACUAAAAGUACUCGAAAACUGGUGGUCAGUACUAGAACCUCCACUAUUCCUCAAGAUAGUAGAACUUUUUAAGGAAGUUGUGGUACAUCUUUUGAAACUCUACAAGAUCAAAAAACCCCCUUCUGAAAGAAGAGUAUUCAACAGUUUUCUUCAUACUGCAUUAAAGGUUUUAGAAAUAUUACAUAGGGUAAAUGAGAAAACAGGACAGAUUAUACAGUAUGAUAAGUUUUAUAUACAUGAAGUACAAGAAUUGAUAGACAUAAGGAAUGAUUAUAUCAACUGGGUCCAGCAGCAGGCCUAUGGAAUGGAUGUCAACCAUGGAUUAACUGAGUUGGCAGAUAUCCCUGUUACAAUCUGUACGUAUCCAUUCGUAUUUGAUGCCCAAGCAAAAACUACUUUGUUACAAACAGAUGCAGUCUUACAAAUGCAGAUGGCUAUUGACCAGGCCCACAGACAGAAUGUCUCCUCUCUUUUUCUCCCAGUGAUUGAAUCUGUCAAUCCCUGCUUAAUUCUAGUGGUGCGUAGAGAAAAUAUUGUAGGAGAUGCAAUGGAAGUCCUAAGGAAAACAAAGAACAUAGAUUACAAAAAACCACUCAAGGUUAUAUUUGUUGGAGAAGAUGCUGUUGAUGCUGGAGGAGUACGCAAAGAAUUUUUCUUGCUCAUCAUGAGAGAAUUGUUAGAUCCUAAAUAUGGGAUGUUUCGGUAUUAUGAAGAUUCCAGGCUCAUUUGGUUUUCAGAUAAGACCUUUGAAGACAGUGAUUUGUUCCAUUUGAUUGGUGUUAUCUGUGGAUUAGCAAUUUAUAAUUUUACUAUUGUGGACCUCCAUUUUCCUUUGGCUUUAUAUAAGAAACUGCUGAAAAAGAAGCCAUCCCUGGAUGAUUUGAAAGAACUAAUGCCUGAUGUUGGGAGAAGCAUGCAGCAGUUACUGGAUUAUCCAGAAGAUGAUAUAGAGGAAACAUUUUGUCUUAAUUUUACGAUCACAGUUGAAAACUUUGGUGCAACAGAAGUGAAAGAGCUGGUUCUAAAUGGUGCAGACACAGCUGUUAACAAACAGAAUCGGCAGGAGUUUGUUGAUGCAUAUGUGGAUUACAUAUUCAAUAAAUCAGUGGCUUCUUUAUUUGAUGCUUUUCAUGCGGGAUUUCAUAAGGUCUGUGGAGGAAAAGUCCUUCAGCUCUUCCAGCCUAAUGAACUACAAGCAAUGGUUAUUGGCAAUACAAAUUAUGAUUGGAAGGAACUAGAAAAGAAUACAGAAUACAAAGGAGAGUAUUGGGCAGAACAUCCUACAAUAAAAAUUUUUUGGGAAGUAUUUCAUGAAUUACCACUGGAAAAGAAAAAACAAUUUCUGUUAUUUUUGACAGGUAGUGAUCGCAUUCCUAUUCUUGGUAUGAAGAGUCUGAAAUUAGUCAUCCAGUCAACAGGAGGAGGUGAAGAGUAUCUCCCAGUUUCCCAUACCUGUUUUAAUCUUCUCGAUCUUCCAAAAUACACAGAGAAAGAAACUUUACGCUCUAAACUGAUCCAAGCUAUCGAUCACAAUGAAGGCUUCAGUUUAAUAUGACUUAGGAGUUCAGUUUAGUGCAAAAGCAUUAAACUAUUUGUGUUUUUCUUGUGGUGAUGAAUUCAACAAGGUGACACAGGCACUAUUAUAAUUCUUACUUGCAAAAUGUUCAAUGCUGUGAGUAUUCAUGAAAGCCAAAAAGUACUAAAGGAAAAUGAACAAACUGUUAAAUAUUAAACUUAUUGUACAGAACCAUGGAUUUUUUUUGGGCCAUCUUCCAAUAAACACAAAAGUAUUGUGAAUACAUUAAAGUUUUACUAACAUGAAUUUUAAGAGUUUGCAUAUUUCAGAAAAGAUCUGGCGUGUUGAGUGCAUGGAAAUGUUGCUUAAUUUUUUCUUCAAUCACUGGGUGAAAACCUUGGCCUGCAAAUAGUCAUUUGAUUAUUUUUUCAUUUUGUAUAUAAUGUUAAGUUUUGUAAUAAAAUAGAUAUGUUCUGAUACCAGUACAGUUUCUUUGGUUGUAAUUGAACUGAGCUGACUUUUAAGGGUUAAGAAUUAUGGCUUAAAUAUUAACUUUGAGAAUUUACAGAGCAAAAAGAAAAAAAAAGCAUAGUGGAAACAGAACUAUUACUUUUUUGCUAUAGAACAAAUGUUUGCGAAAACCAAAUUACAGAUAGGAAUUAUACUAAAUAACUAGCAGUUCUUUCCUCCUUUAUGAAUCCUGGGAUGCUACAGAUGAUGGGAGGUUAUUAAUAUUAAUAUUUACUAACAAAGAACUUUGUCUCUGCAUUUGCCAGUAAUAGAAACAUUGGCUACUCUGAGAACCAGUCACUGGGUUAGAGAUGUCAUGAUUAAUAGUGCUGCAGAUUAGUACGUAGUACAAUUUUCAGUGCUUUAGAUUUCCUUGAAAUUUAAGAAACAAUCUUCACAGUUUUAUGGUGCUGAUGCUUAGUUAUCUCAUGUUAUUAAAUUGCAAAAAUGAGUUGAUGCAAUACAUGUGAUUUUCUGCUAUCAUGAAAAUAUUUAUUUUUUAGAUUUAUUUUAAAAAGCCAUGAAAACUGUUUAAAUAAUAAAGAUGUAUUGGUAUAAUACUUAAAUUUUCA